AAUUUCCCUUUAUUAGAGCGGACCUUCCAGUCGAGUGGGGGGAUUCUUCCGAACCCUCGAGCCACCCAUAUGGCUACACUAACCAUCGCCAGCUAACGGUCAUGGACGCCGGCUAGCGGCAGUCCGCGUAAUACCGCACAAGGUGUGAUUUUAAUACAGAGACGAGUAGAAAGUAAAAAGAUCAGGGACGUUUAUGGUGCGAGGACGACAUAUGGCCUUUAACAAAUAGCCUCAACAAGUAAUCAAGAGCCUCAUCAAUGUUGUGCGUUUUUAGGACGCCAUGAUUCGUUUGUCAUUGCUGAAAUUUUUCCAUUGGGACUGGCCAGCAGUUGGCCUAUUUUCACUCUGGAAACCAGUGGCUCUGAGGCUUCUCGAGGCAAGAAAAGAAAGGGUGAGGCGAAGAAAGAGGGAAGAGUUGGCGCAGCUUUAAAUUUUUAACCUAAAGGUGGUCAGUAAAAAGCGAAAUUUCAGCCUCCGGGGCCCAUGGUGGCCUGUUAGCGGCUCACGUGUUUGGACUCGUGGCACGAGGCUUCGUGAAACUUAAUACGUGACUUCAGUGUCUGUUGAGCGUGGGUGCAUCUUUCGCAGCCAGAAACGAUUAGCGGGGGCUAAAUAUAACCCAGGCUGAGCUAAUAAUAAUUGCAACGGAGCAGAACAACACAAUGCCCCCGGCUAGACAUCGCUAGCGACCUAGCUGGGGCACGUCUCCAAUGUCCACAAUUCAAACAUCGCUGAAGCUAUACAUUCCAGACAUCCGCUGAAAAUGGAAACAUUUAUCAAAAAAUCGUUUUAUCAUGGAUCAUCCAUGAACUUACAUCAAGUAAACAGAGUUGGAUAGAUUGUCAACAAGAUUUAAAUCAGCGCAUAACAGGACUGCCUGCAGGGAAAACAUAAAAAAGAUUCUCUCAGCCUUGACGAAAAAACGCCGCCACUGGAACAACACACAAACGCGAUACACUUUCGGCGUAGACUGCCCUCGAUUCAGGAUCAAAGACCCAUACACCCUUCACAAGGUAAAGUUAUCAAGUUGCCAUGAAGCGGGUUCCCAAUGUCCAAGAGAGAUGUAUCAACUCGAAAGCACUCAGAAAAGCAAAUGUGGUGAAUUCACGAGAGGACCAGCUACUCGAGAAGCACAAAGCGAGAUUAGACCGCGAACUCACUUUGAUGCAGACUCAUAUACGAGCAUCUACAAACCUGUUCAACCUUAAAAAGGAGAAGCUGGUGCAGCUAGCCACAGAUGGUAGCACAAAUCCCACGAGAAUAAAACGCCAACGUUCUUACUCGAUACAUACUCUUCAACCGAGAAAAUGUCUGGAUGAGGUAGCUGAGGUUUACAAUGUGCGGGCGUCAAGAAGUUCAGAGUGCAUGACGCACCUCGAAGAUGAAGUCACCGUUAACUGUGAUGGUGAUAUGAGGCAAAAGAGACUUACACCAUUAACGCAAACCGAGCUUCCAAAAAUGGAGACACAAAGCACAGCAAGGAAUAGGGCUGUCUCCUUUGAGGAUGUAGACAGAGAAUUCCCACUAGAAAUGAUGGAGAGGCUAAGAAGAAAUAUGCCGCUUGGAGCUCAAUCUUCAAUUAGAUCUUGUCCGAUAACAUCAUUGUCAAGUGAGGUGAAAUCUGCUAAAAAUGAGCUAAUACCUCCAAGGAAAACACUUGGUGUUCUUAGAGGACAACGAAGAGCGUCUGUGCCUAAUAUCAAAAUACACACCGCUCCAAUAAACCCCGGCCAUGCACGCCAGUCCCAGUGGGCACGACCAGCCAACAGCUCGUUUCCAAGCCGCAGUCUUCAAGAUAUUCAAGACGGUAUAUCAUUUCAAACAGUGAAAAGAAGGGGAAGUAAGGGUGCUUUGCCUGCAAUAGAAAGGUCCCCUGCUCUAUCCUCUUCGCUUCCAAAGGACCAGGGAAGUUGUUUAUUAGAAAAGUCAGUAGAAACACCUUCUCAAUAUCCUCCAAAUACACCCACGACAGAAUUUCAAAAAGACCGGCUUCUAGAGUGGAAGAAAGAGCGACAGAUUCACAGCUUUUCAAGCACCACUUUGAAGGCCAGGAUUCGAUUUGUGGCAGCCAUGAGUAAGUUUGCUCAUACAACGGAAGACACGACGGCAUGGGACGAGGCAACAAAGGGAUAAAAGAAGCAGAUAAAACG